AUGAACCAGAGCCCACCCAAUGCUCAGCCCGUAUCGGGUCCUUCCAUCCCUGGCAACUCGUCUGCUCCGUCAUCAUUGAGGGGACCUUUGGCUGGAGGCCGCCAGAUCACCCGAAAUCGCGCGAGCUACAGCUGUCACACGUGUCGGCGUCGGAAGGUCAAAUGCGACAAGAUACACCCCAUAUGUGGAAAUUGUGUGAAGAACAACACCGAGUGUAUAUAUGAUGUGUCAUCCCAAAAAGAUGACGAUAGGCGCGAUGGGUCUCCCCAAAAUAUACACGGCAUUAAACGAAGAAGAGAGAUGCCCCGGACAUUGGAGGAAGAUGUCGACGAGCUCCAAUCACUUUACGGACACUUGAAGCGGGCAGAGUCGACAGGCGAAAAGCCCGACCCAAGCGCCAUUGAAUCACGACUCGAUAAGCUUAUGUCAAUGAUUGAGCGCCUCGGAAGGAACGGUCAAACACUCGAGGAUGUAGAGAUACAGGCAACGGCCGUGGAACCCACACAGUUGGAUGACUCACGGCCGAGCAAUAGUCUGGACGGAAAUAAAACACCGCCAAGAUCUACCAGUCCACGUCGCAUUGCUGCAGAAUCGAGCAGCGACGAAUUUCCAAUUCCAUCCGGUCAGGCCACCGAUCUGGUAGACCCGGUUGGCAGUUUGAACUUAGGCCAUUUGAGCCUAGAGGACGGUGGAAGGUCAAGAUAUGUUGGCACCACGUAUUGGGCUUAUAUCUCUGGCGAAAUCAAUGAGCUCAAUCAAUUACUGAGAGACCAAAAUAGCUCACAUGAUCAGUCUACCCCUGAAAAAAAUAAUGAAGACAUAACAGAUUCGCAUGCCGAUGGCCAACAGUCAUGGAGAGAAUCAAUAGGCAGCUCGGCACCUUCGAUGGCGCCUAGGUCUCGUUCCUUCCAACAAUCUAUAAUCUUCCCUUCAGGUGACUCCCCCUCGAUCAAUGAAAAGGUGGUGGAGCCAGAAAUGCUUGAUCACAUGCCAACGAGACGGCAAAGCCAUAUUCUUUACAAGGGAUUUAUUUCCGGUGUACACGCUAUCAGUCCUAUCAUUCACCCCCCAACUAUCCUCAAGCUCUACAAUUCUUUCUGGGAUUGGUACGACUACAGCAGCUAUUCGGGAGAGUCGUGCCCAAAUCCGUCAUUCAUCCCACUGUUAUACGCGAUAUGGUAUGGCGGCUCAGUGACUAUUUCGAUCCGAGCAAUUGAAGCUGAAUUUAAUGUGUCCUCGCGGUCGGCCCUUUCGACAAUCUAUACUGAAGAAGUUACUAAAUGGCUCACGAAGAUCAAAUUCCCGCGCAGCCCUUCACUUCAAGGCCUUGCUGCUUAUCUUCUCGUACAGACAAUUGUCACGAAGGAGGAGGAGCCUUUGACGACUAGUCUCUUUGUUAGUCUUGCGAUGAGGGUUGCGCAAACCAUGGGCUUGCAUCGGGAUCCCGCUAAGUUUGGCAUAGAGCCAUGCGAAGCUGAGUACCGGCGCCGUUUAUGGUGGCACAUCAUCCACAUGGACUGUGUCGUUGCGAUGUCAAGCGGUCUGCCUCCACUUGUCAACGACGAGAAUUAUUGGGAUGUGUGCGAGACUAGUGAGAUGAAAGAUACGAUGCUAGGUAGCCCCGCUGCAGAGUCCUAUAUGAAACAGGUUGCUUCGCGAGAGCGGCUGCCUGAUAAUCCAGAUGACCCCACUAUUUGCGGCGGACCAUCAAUGGUCAACGUCUACUAUCUGACCGCCAGAGGGAAAUAUACCAUGGCUCGCGCUAUCCGCCGAAUAUUGAAAAUCCAGCUUGGAAUAAAGCCUCUCACCAGGCAGGACAUGGAGGAGCUCCGGUCAAUACUCCUUGACUUGCAGCUGAGACUGAAUUCCAUCAUCAACAGGAUUCCAGAGGGGAAGGAUGUUGAUAACCUGUCAACGCCAGGUCGAGCGUUUUCUAUAUCCAAAUCCCCCGAUGGCCCCUCUUCCGACACAGAGCUUCCAGGCGAAGGUCCCACCGGAUGCUCUGAACAAUAUCAUUCACCGGUUCUUAUUUGCUUCCAUAAAUGGGCGAAGAUCAUUCUUUCUUUAUAUAUUGACAAGGCCUUCUGCGUAGCCUAUCAGCCUUUCCUGAAGAACGCUCGCAGCCGGAUUUGGCCAGCGGCACGCCAAAGUGCACUUCGUCAUUGCCAUGGUUUCAUGGAAAAAUUCAUCCAACUCGCAACGGAUCCUGAUUUCCAGCCCUUUCAUUGGAGCUGGCCUGGUAAUCAUCAACCAAUGCAUGCUACUAUGAUCAUGCUUAUUGACCUAUAUGAGCGACCUUACAGCCCUGAAGCACCUAAGUCCCGCGCGUUCAUCGACAGCAUACUCGCACUUUCUGGUCCGGAUGGAGGUGUCGUAGGUGGUGAAGACGGUGUUUCAACACAACGGCCACUGAAGGACGGUGGCCGUGAAGCCUGGGAUAUGAUCCGCCGCCUUCGUCAGAAGGCUUGGCAAAAGGCAGGCCUCAAUCCGCGAAUGCUCUGGACCGAACAAGACCAGAUCCAGGCUGGGGUCGCUUCGCCAGUUGACACUCGCGGGGAUUGUCACUCUCCUAGCUCAGAUCACUCUCAGGCCGAGUCUCCGGGUUCAGCAUCGGCCGGCCAUCCCUCAACACACAAAUCCAAACCUAGCGAUUUCGUCAAAACAUUCUACAACCUCACCCGCUCUCACACCUCGGAUCCUGUUAACCCGGAUGCUACUAAAACCCUUCUACGAUACCAAUACCAACCACAGGGUAAAGCCUUAUCCCCAAUUUCACAUUCCCAAUUCAACCCUCCCCCCGCCGAUAAUCCCAUACCUCCCCGCAUUGGCACCUCCUCGCCCAAUACGGACUCCUUGUUUGGUGCACCUCCACCGACACAAUGUUCUGCAUCCACCCCUCCCGCCCCACACAUUCAGCCUUCAGAUGCUGACAUUACUGCUGGUGGUGGCAUGUCCUUCGUGGAUCCUGCGUGUCCUAAUGGAAUACCUAGAAUUCCUACGCCUCCAUCGAUGGUUGACCCAAACCUCAACUUCGAUUGGGACCAGUGGGAUGCUGUGUUCGGACAACAUCUUCCUGUCGCAGAUGACCUGAUGGAGCUGGAUCCCGUUUCGGGUCUUGAUUUAACUACCUCAACAUUUCAUGGUACUAGCCCCAUCAACAUGCCUGAUUUAGAUGCCAAUGGUCUUCCACUUCCAGGCUGCCCUCCAGAAGGGGGUUUUCCGCCCUGGAAUGGGAAAAAUGAGAGUGGUUGGCCGGGAUAUCCUUAG